AUGUCCAACCAUAGAAAGGUCGCAGUGUUUUGGGACUAUGAAAAUUGUAGUCCUCCGUUAAAUUCACAAGGACAUGCCAUUGUAAAUGGCAUCCGACGAAUUGCGCAUGUCUUUGGAAACGUAACGUCGUUCAAAGCAUACCUCGACAUAUCCUCGGUAUCCUUGCAGUCUCCCAAGUCUGUCGGGUUUCGCUCGGACCUUCAGUCCUCUGGGGUGUCCAUGAUUGACUGUCCCCACAACGGCAAGAAAGACGUCGUGGACAAGAUGAUUCUCGUGGAUAUGCUUACAUUUGCCGUCGAUAAUCCGUCACCGGCAACCAUCAUCCUGAUAGCCGGUGACCGGGAUUAUGCUUAUGCUGUAUCAACCCUCCGCCUUCGACAGUAUACCAUCGUUCUCAUCGUGCCUCCAGCGCCCAAUAUUCCCCAGUGUCUGGAGUCUCAAGCCUCUGUCGUGGUGGAUUGGAACUUUGCUAUACUUGGAAAGCGCACAGAAACCGAUACGUCACCCGUGCGGCAACCCUAUCGCAACCUCGACGAGGAUAUCGUCGAGCGGCUGUCACGCGAAAUCCGGGAAUUGAAUGAGGAUCCUGCUGUGACCCUCCUUUCUUCGGCUCCUCCCGCAACAUCUGCCCAUACGCAGCGCGUCAGUGCAGAAGAGCUGUUGCAGCCAUCGGUGUCAGAACGGAAUACAGGCACAGCUUCAGGUGGUGCUGCUCAGCCUGCCUCGACGUGCACGCCGAAGAAGGUUGCUGGCACAAUCCCUCAGAUGCCUGCACGUCCUAGGUUCGAGGUUGCAGAUAGCUCAACCAGUCCACCUCCGACCGAGGUCGAUGAUGACUCGCACGCGUAUGUUGUGGUCUCUGCCGAAUCGUUCUCCGAUAAUGGCUGGCGUGCUGGCAUUGCGAACUCUCCUUCUGCCAAUGGCACUUUCCCUACCACUCAGCCUUCUGUAACUCCUACGUCUCCGAUAUCAUCGUCGGCAUCGUCUCCGUCAACACCAUCUUCGCUGACUUUGAGUGACUCCGAUUCCAACGUUACCUCGUCUGACGUUGAGAUCGGCUCCCAACAAGCAACUUCUGUUAUCAGUGAUAACAAAGACAAUUCUUCAGGGUGUCAACCGCCUCUUAUCGAGUCCGUCGAGGAUAAGGUCCGACGCCUGACACCCUUACAAUUCCUGCCGAUGAUCAAUCUGCUUUUGCAGGCGAGGUCGAACGGGAUUAUGACGCCAUCAAGGUCCGUCAUCGCUGUUGACUUGCUUCGGCUCGACAAGGAGGUAUACCAGCGCGCCGGCGUGACCAAGUUCGCGCAAUACACCGCGCUAGCAGAACAAGCUUCUCUCAUCGAGCUUGGUAGGAGUGAGGGCUCCCCAUGGAUGGCGCUCCAUCCAAAUUUGUUGAGACAGGACGUCGAGUCGGGUGCACCUGAGUCAUCAUCCACCCCUUCGACUGUCCAUCGUAACAACUCUCCUACACCACAGGACAACACUCCUUAUACCAAGACUCCAACUCCAUCUUCACCUAUGCCAUCAUCGAGCACCGCGUCGCCGAGACCACCCACACUAAACCCAGACGCUCAACCUUUUAUGACAGCCGUACCGAUCCCGCUUUGCUUCCAGCCACUCGUUACCUGCCUGAUGAAAGUUCACAGUGAUGGGAUAAUGCAUCCCCUUCCUUCAACGGUUGGCCUAGUGCUUGGACCCGCGGUAUAUUCUCAAGCUGGCACGUCCAAUCUGAGGGAGUAUCUUGCUCAAGCGGUAGACCAUGGUGUUGUGGAAUGUGGAUGGGCCGGUGGUAAUGCGUGGGUGAGGCUUCAUAUGGAUGUGCUGAGUGGAAAGCGUUAUUGCUAG